UAUUAUUCUCGGAUAUCCUCAAAGAGAAAGCUCUACAUGGGUUUUACUGACUCCUCUGAAGCUCGUUAAUUGGCUCUCCUUUUCUGGGUCGAGAUGAACGAAACUAGCCAGAACCCAUCUGAGAUUCACAGUUUCCAUGUCAAUAAAGGGCUCGGCAACAACAUUGCCGACUUGAACAAGAAAAGAAAAUUGCAGGCAGGGCAAUUGGAUUUGCCUAUACGAAAGCACAAAUGCUGGAAUCGCAGCUUUGCUUCUGAACAUGUCUCUGUGUUUGAAAGAAAUCCUGAACUGGAGAGCAUAUUUCCACCCAUAAUAACUGGAAAAACAGAGGGAGCAACGGUGGAGCAUGAGUCAGAAACUGAAUCAAUGAAAGAUAGCAAUAGUUUUGGUGGAGAUUCUGACUCUGUGAUGUCUUCGUAUGAAGCUAAUCUCCCACUACAGUACCCAAAAACAUCUCUAUUCGAUAAGCCUUCCACUUCAUCUGUUAAUAGUGACAGCAGUAGCUCUAAGCAUGCCCACUCCUCUUUUGGAUCCCGCAAAGACAAACUGGCAUCGCUGAUUGGUGAGCAUCCUCCUCCCCAUCUUGAUGGACUACAAGCAUUUAAGAAUCUUGAGGAGCAGCUCCUAGAAUUCUGUAACGAAGUGGAUUACACUUGCUCAGAAUACGGAAACGACCGCAUUGAACAGUGUACAGAUAAGGAACUUGAAGAUAUUCCCUGCUCCAAUGGGGUUAACCCAAAUAUGUUUGUUCUUUCAUCCGGAAGAUGGAGUGUAAACCAAGAUGCUCAAUCAGACAAUAGGAAACCAACAAUUGAUCAAGAAUUCGAGCAGUACUUUUCCGAGCUUAUGCUGUAGUAAAUUAGUAAUAGUGACUUUAAAAUGAGUAGCUAAAUGUAUAUAUUGAUUUCUGUUGUAUGUGAUUGAUGUGAGCAUGUAACAAAAAUAGCUUGUUAUUUCUGAUCAUUCCGAUCCAAUGAAAAAGAAAAUGUGAGACAGCUCUAUUUAGCUUUUCCC